GAUAUCUCCCUCCCUUCACACUCCGCCAAUGUCGUAAUUGUCAAUUUUUUCAGUGUCGAGUGUUGAUUUCGUUUUUAAAGAAUUGUUAUAAUAGGAAUAAUUUCUCUUACGGAAUGAGGGUUUAAAAUGGUAGAGCCUAUAUUCGAUUACCAAUUCCGUCUAAUUUUAAUAGGCGACAGUACUGUAGGAAAAAGUUCUCUGCUCAAAUACUUUACGGAUGGCAAAUUUGCAGAGCUGUCUGAUCCCACUGUCGGUGUUGACUUCUUUGCUAGGUUAAUUGAGGUAAAGGAUGGAACUCGUGUUAAAUUACAAUUGUGGGAUACUGCCGGGCAAGAACGAUUUCGAUCGAUAACUAAAUCCUACUACAGAAAUUCGGUGGGCGCUUUGUUGGUGUACGACAUAUGUAAUCGAGCGAGCUUCGAACACAUCCCCUUGUGGAUGGCGGAGGCUAAGAGACACAUUGAACCGCAUCGUCCCAUCUUUGCUCUCGUAGGUUGUAAAUUAGAUCUCGUAAGCAAUGGGGGUCAUCGGGAAGUCUCAAAAGAGGAAGCCAAAGCAUUUGCCGAUCAAAACGGAUUACAUCACAUAGAAACUUCAGCAAGAAAAGGCACCAAUGUCGAAGAGGCCUUUAGAUCUGUUACACAAGAGGUUUAUAAUCGAAUACAAUCUGGAGAAUACAAAGUUGAAGACGGUUGGGACGGCAUCAAAACUGGUUUUACUAGACCUAACGGUAUGGAUUUUAAUUUAAUAGAAGCGGAACCUGCCAAGUCCUCGUGUUGCUAAUCAUAUAAGGUUAUGUUGUCUUGUAUCUGAUCAUGUGGUCAAAGUUAUUGUAUUUGGUACAAACCUUGCUAUAGUAAUUAUUGUGUAUGUAUCACUCGUAAAAUAUUAGGUUGUAUGAAUAUUGAUAUUUUUUGUUAAUUAUAAAGUAAUAUAUGUAUGACACUAACUUAUUCUGUGAAGUCUGCAAAAUCAGUUGUUAUUUUAGAGAAAAAUUGCCAAGCACAAUAAACCAUUUUCCAUCUGAAAUCAAAAUUUUACAAAAAGAGUACAAGUAUAUAGACAUUGUGGUUUAAUGCACGAUAGCUAUGUUUUUUUAAUUACAAUUAGUAUUACGCGUCUGUACUGUGAUAAAUAACUUAACGAAUAAAUUUUGUCAAUUAUCCCAAUUUUGUCGUUAAAGCAUGCAAUUUUGAUAUGAUAUCAUUUACUGAUGUUUUUCUUAAAAAUGUACUAUGUUCGCAUCAAAUUAAAAUAUACUUGAAGACACUUAGCAGCUCAAUUUGAAGGCUUUUGCGUAAUCGCAUCUACUCGAGCACUAUAUGUUUGUACUCAAAACUAAUUCAUUGUUUCCAUAAUCGCUCACAAUACACACAUUUCUGUUUCA